ACUUGAAGUUACUGACCUUUAAAAAGUGCGUUGUUUGGAUUGGCGUUGCGCAAAUGAGCUCUGAUGAGGAUGAAUUUUUCGAUGCACCUGAGGCUUUAGGAUGCGGAUGCAACGUUCGGAAGUGGAGUGACAAGUAUGUUGCUUCGUCUCUGCCUUAUUUGAAUAGCGACGACGAGUUGAUUCGCACUUACUUUGAUUUUGAUAGUCAAAAUGCUCGUAGACGAAGUCGAGUGGAAUCUCUUAAGAAGAAUCUUUUGGAAAAAUCAUAUUCUCUCGGACAUGCAUCUGGAAUUAACAGUUUAGAGACUACGGAAGAGAUUCUAUCACGAAAUGUUGGCGAUCACAUCUCUCCGACGGUUGAGACAUAUCAGUCUGAAAUUGGAGUUCUGAAUCUUCCAGGCAGUAAAAAUGAGUUCACUUCAGAUCAGGAGUUAUUGCGCAGAAUCAAACUGCAUCAUGAACCUGCUUUUGGCUUCUUGAACUCUCAACAGGAAAACCCAAGUUUAUCGACAUACAUUCAAGUUCAAGAACCAUCCAUAAAUAGUCACUUAAACUUACUGGAUACUGACAGUACUCAAAAGAAGUUAUCGAAAACACAGUUUGCACAAACACAGACUAUUUUCCGGGACAACGGGUCCUUAAGGUAUCCCAAUGAAUGUGGCUUCAGAUCUCCUAUGAAUGUUAGCAUAUGUGGUUGUUCAAAUGCGGCACCUGGUACUCCAACAGUAUAUAAAUAUACACAUCCUAUUAUGAAUGAAGUUGCAGACUGUAAUUUUGUUGAACGUGCAGACCCUCCAGUCAUUCAACUUCUCAGAUCACAGGUAGUAUCUUCGGCACCUGAGGUAUCAAAUAGAAAUAAUGAAGCUAGACAUCUCUUGGAUUAUGUCAAAUCUUGGUCUCUGGGUGCGGCUAAACAAUAUAGCGCUGGACCGUUUCCAUCCAUUAACGGGACUGUUACAUUAGAUCGUAUCACAAAUAAUAACCUUCCACAACAUCAAACAGACAAAAUGGGCUCAAUCGGAUUCGAUUCAUUGUAUACUACAGCAUUAGGUCGUACGGGAUUCGGAUCAUUAUUUCCACAGUCUACUACUGCUACUUCUAUCAUUACUACUGCUGUUGUUGCAAUAAAUACAACAACCACGGCUUCCUCUGCCCCUCCUUACAAUCAAACUUCUGAAAUUCAGGAUCCUUGCCCUCAUCAUCGUUCAUGUAGGUUAGUUAGUACUAUGGUGCAAACGGAUUUAAAUGUAGAUGAAAAGCAUAAUGAUUCAAAUGAACAAAUAUUGAAUCGUUUCCAUCGUGACACUUUAAUGAAUAAGUUUCCUACGGAUUACAACAACACUAUUGGUAGUGAUAAAAUUGUGAAAUCUGCUUCAGCCACAUUGAACAAUGAAUAUCAAACUGUAAAUCCUAUUGAGAUACAAUUUCGUGAUCGAACUAGAAGUAAUUCAAGUUUACCGUUGACUUCAUUGGGUGACAAACAAUCCAUUGAUUUCUCGAUGUCAUCUCAAGAGAACUCGAUUGGAGUAAUGAGCAAAAUGACAAAAAUUCAUAAAUAUUUUCGUGGCGCUAUGAGUGCAAUGAAAUCUGCUACAAAAAAUAAAAUUUUCAAUCCCGAUGAAGAGUCAUCUGAUGAAGAUGAAGAAAUUAUCGGAAAUCAAGGCAUUCGUCUAAGAUCAUCUAGACAAGCAAGAGGAAGACGAGAAUUUCUACAGAUCAAAUUGGUUCAGGAAAUGAAAAACGAACACACGGGUGCGAUAUGGGCUAUGCGUUUUUCACCAUGUGGUCGAUUGUUGGCUACUGCUGGAUAUGAUCGAAAUAUUCGAAUAUGGGUCCUACGACAAUGUUAUCGAUAUUUCAAAGAAAUGCAACGAAGUUCUACUCCACCACCCAGUAGUAGUUCAAAAUAUGGAUCAGUUGGUGGAUUUAUGCCAAAUGAAUUCCACACUUCAAAUAAUACUACGUCAAAUGCAACUUUAGAUGAAGAGAAUCGUUUUGAUUCAUUAAGUUUAGCAUCAACUACAAUAUCAACAUCAGGUAAAACUGAUGUUAGUGAAGCGGAUGGAGCGUCUAGUAGCAGUUCUGCACCAGGAUAUUCUACUGUACUGGGUCUAACUGAUGACUUCCCUUCACCAUUAUCCUCCUGUGGUAGUACAAAAAAUAGUAGAACGAAGCCUUCUGGAAUAACGACAGCACCAGGACCACCAUCGACAACAACAACGGCAUUAUUGCCUACAAUUAAUGAUUUACAUCGAGAACGUAGGACUGUAUUUCGUUCAAAACCAUUAUUGGUUUUAAGAGGUCAUGAGGGUGUUGUUACUGAAUUGGCAUGGUCUAAAAAUUUAUUCCUUCUAGCUACUAGUAUGGAUCAUCAAGUACGAUUAUGGCAUAUUAGUCGACGUGAAUGCCUGUGUGUAUUUAGUCAUAAUGAUACAGUGCCAACAAUUGUAUUUCAUCCAAAGGAUGAUCGUUAUUUUCUUUCUGGUAGUCUGGAUGGAAAACUUCGGCUAUGGAAUAUACCAGAUAAAAAAGUUCGUUUUUGGGUUGAAGUUCCUGUGCCUAGUGCUUUACCAGUUUCAACUAAUUCAUCGUCUACAAAUACUGUCACUAACUUUUUUACACGUUCUAAUCCAUAUACUGGUUCACAGUAUACAACAUCCUUACCGGGUCUUUCAUCAAAGGGAAGUGGUGGUGUUGGACCCAAAACAGUGAUCACUUGUGCAACAUUUGCUUGUGAAGGCACUAAAGUUGUUGUCGGCACAUAUGAUGGUCGUGUAUUAUUUUUUAAUAGUGAGCUAUCGUAUAUAACUUUUAUAACGAUCAAAUCUGGUACUGCAAAAGGUCGUCACUGUCGUGUUACGGCUAUUGAAUGUGAUCCGUCUGAUUCAAAUAAGAUUUUAGUCACAUCAAAUGAUUCACGUUUACGUUUAGUCGAUGCUCGUGACUAUCAUACAUUAUGUAAAUAUCGUGGGUUUCUAAAUGAGACUAGUCAAAUACGUGCAUCUUUCAGUCCAACUGGUCGUUAUCUAAUCUCAGGAUCCGAAAAUGCAUUCUUUUAUAUUUGGCAAAAAUCUUUAGAUGUUGACAAAAUAUCUCGAUUUUCACGUAUACGUAAAGAUAGAAAUAAUUGUUGGGAAGCGAUUAAAGCCCAUGAUACAAUGGUUACAGUAGCUGUGUUCAGUCCAAAUCCAAAUUUAGUAUUGAAUAAAUCAUGUUCAACAAGAAAACCAUUGAAUUCAUUCACUAUUUCAAAUCAUUCUGAUUUGAGUAAUAGCAAUUGUGCUAGUGGUUAUAUUAAUGAUGGUAGCAGUAGUAUUCCUCGUCAUAGACUAUUAAAUCCAAAUCAAUCAUCAAUUACUACUACUGAUCUAAAUCGGGAAACAUUUGUUUAUUUAGGUGAAGUAGUCGUUUCAGCUGAUUGUAAUGGUUGUAUUCGAGUGUUCAAAAAGUUUUCAACUGAAAUUACACAAUCCACAUGUAGUUAAUAUUUAAACAAUUCAAUCAUUUCUCCUGCAUAUAUUCACUUCGUUAAUGUAUAUCAUCUGACUACUGUCUAUUUGUAAAUAUUCUAAUUGUUUUUUUUUCUACAGUUGACUGCCCACUAGUAAAGUUGUAUUUGUAUUCAUUUCUUUUUAGUUCUGUAAAACCAAUGAGUAUCUUUUUUAUUUAAAUAUUUUCUGGUAAUUUCUAUCAAUCAAUUUAUAUAACUUUUCAGGCGGGGGGUGCAAUUACAAAACGGAUAUUGUUAAUUCAAUUAGCCAAUUCUGUUUCCCCUUUUCAUAUGUCACUUAAUGAAUUGGUUGUUAUGGCGGGGAAAAAACAGUAAUCUUAUUACCCCUAAUAAUUAUUAUUCUUAUCAUCAUUUUGAUACAACUCAUUUUGUGCAUUUUUCUUUUAACUUUUCACACUCAAUCGAUAUUUUUCGUUAGGUGAUAUUACUUUUUUUUUCUCUUUCGUAUGUCAUGUAUCUAUGUGUCACUUUCCCUAUUCCAGUUAAUGUGAUGGAUUUCAUUAAAAAAAACAAAACAAGUGGAUCUUCGUUAGUAGUACAUUAUGUUACUAUUGUUUCAAAAUGAUAAUAAUCUAAUCUAUGCAUCAUUUUAUUUUUAAUUGAUUUAUUUUUUUAAUAUAAAGUUUUGUUUAUUUUUUUUGAUUAAAUAUUUUAAUAACAAGAAACAAUUUAUGCAUUAAAUAAAUGAUAAAUGCUUUGAAUAAUUCAGUGUA